CCACCUUGUCAGCUCUUUUGCCUCAAUUUCUUUCUUCGUCUCUCCCUUUUGUUUCAUCUUGAAAACAAACAUGAAUCUCAUCGACAAGCUGAGCCCUAAACGUCUGUUUCGGUCUAAUAAAAAAGACCGAUCCGUCAUCUCCAAGUUCGACCCUUCGUCGUCUAGUUCCGGUUCAGGUACGUUGUCUUCUUCCUCUUCGGAAUCCAUCUUUUCAACCCACCAAGGACGGCAGUACCCUUCGACGGCCACUGCUGGAUUCGCAACGCCAACCAGUGUCUUGCCCCAAAUAUCAGGUGACCGGUCGGAUUUUUCCGCUAAGUUUUAUCAAGAACUUUGCCAGGCGUUCAAGAUGAUACACAAAGAUAACGACGGGGUUAUAAAGAGGAGCGAGCUUGAGGCUUUGCUCAGCAAGGUCGCGAGGCAGCCUCCGAGCAGGGAAGAGGUUUCCUUUAUGCUGAGCGAGGUGGACGGCGAAGGCGACGGUUACAUCAGCCUGGAAACUUUGAUGGGACUGGCUUGCGGCGAACCGGCUGGGGAACGGGAACGGAGAGAGACUUUUGAUAUAUUUGAUACGGAUCACGACGGGAGGAUCACGGCAGAGGAACUGAUGGCGUUUUACAGGGACAAAAUAGGGGAUAAGCGGUGCACUUUAGAGGAUUGCCAGCGCAUGAUAGCGAGAGUCGAUGAGAAUGCAUAUGGGUUCGUCUGCUUCGAGGACUUUUCAAGAAUGAUGGAGCUGCAGAGAUAAAUCUUAUAACUGCAUAUGGGGUUUUAUUCCACAGCGUUUGAUUAUCGUGUGAGGAGAAAAGGAAAUGAUUUUUUUUUCUAAAUUUGUUUUUUUUAUUGUUAAAUUUCUUAAAUUAGGAUAU